UAUGGAUUCUUCAUAAGAUUAAUCAAAUCCAAUGGAUUCUAAUUAAGAUCAAAAUAACUAAACUUAAGAAGAAGUGGAACACUUAUAGAAUGAAAGCAAUGUGAAUCAUACAAAUAAUAACUAAAAUAAGGAAAUAUUAGAUGAGGCCCAAGUUCAGCAUAAUAGUCCAAAAGACAAAUAAAAUUAGUUUAAAUAAGAAACAGAAUAACAAUCCUAAAUUCUAAAUAUAAAUAAAGAAGAAGAUGAAAACUUAAAACAUAUACAUUCUAUUCCUUUAGAUCAAAAUAACAAUAAAUAAAAUGAAAGUUAAAAAGAUAAUUUAGAACAUGAUAAUAAUAAUUCAUAAUUUGUUGAAUCUGUAUAUGAAACAAUUCCAUAAUCUAAUGAGAAAUAAGAAUAGCAAGAAAAAGUAGAUAAUUCUGUUGUAGACUAAUCUCAAUUUGAAAUAUUGGAUAAAUCUAAUACUCAAUAAUAAAAUUAAUAGGAAACAAUUUAAAAUGAACAGUAAUUUGAUAAUCAACUCAAUUAAGCUUUAAAUAUAUCAAAAGAUGAAUAAAAUUAAUAAGAACCAGAAUUAAUUUAACCUACACUUCAUUUAUAUUAAUAAACUAAUAUAUAAAAGGAAGUUAUAUAAGAAGAAGAAAAACAAGUAGAAGAUGGAUUUAUUGUUGAUGAAACAAUUGAAAGUUUAUCUACUAAUAAUGUAUAAAAUUCUUAAGUUAACAAUACACCACCAAAAGUAGUAGAAUUAGAUUAAAAAUCAUAACUUGUUAUUUAAUUCUAAAAAUCUCUAGAUGAAGCAACAUUUCUAAAAAAUUAAGGAAAUUAAUGGUUUUAGUAAAAGAAUUAUGGCAGAGCUAUUGAGUAAUAUAAUCUAUCUUUAGGAUUAUGUGAUCCAUAUUAUUUAAUGUAAUGUCCAGAAGAAUAACUUUAACAAUUUAAGAAAUUAAGAAUAAAUUUACUAUCUAAUUUAAGUGCUUGUUUUUUAAAUCUAGGUGAUUCUAAUUCUUGUAUCACUCAUGCUAAUAUUGUAGAUAUUAUUUUAAUUAAUAGGCAAUUCAACUUGAUCCUUAAAAUUAAAAGGUUUGGUAUAGAAGAGCUUUGGCAUAUUAAUAAAAAUAAGAUUAUGAAGAAGCAUGGAGAGAUAUUGAUUAAGCUUGGAAUUUAGUAAAACAUACUACUUAAAAUUAAGAAAUAUUUGAAAAAAGAAAAGAAAUUAGAGAAUUAUUAAAAUAAUCAAAUAAAGAAAGAGCAUAACUUUAUUAAACUAUGUUGAGUAAUAAUUAAGAAUAAAAUGAGGGUAAAACUUUAAAUAAUUAAUCUAAAACAAAUGAAUCUAAAUUAGCAGUUAGUGAAAUCUAAUAGAAAUAAUAGACAAAUGAAAAUAAUUAAAUAAUUAAUUUUAGAUUUUCUGAUAUUAUUUGGAAAACUACAGCAUCAGCAGUUCUUGCUUCUUCAAUGACUAAAUUUAUAUUGGAAGAAAAACUAGAUACAAAGAUGGGUUUGAUUGAGACAUUGGUAUUGGGUUCUACUACUGCAUCAUGUUUUAUUGCAGAAAAGCAGUGGUAAAAACUUAGUUUUGCAACUGUAACAGCUGGAUUUUUAGCUUUUGUUUUAUAUAAGAAAUCAACUAAAUGAGUU